UCAGGGGUUUCACUCUCCUCCUCCCCAGAAAGCCAUAGCUUUUUUUCCCUUCCUGCACAAAACCCCAAUUUUCCGCUCUACCCUGUCUCUGUUGCUUCUCUCCACUUUCUCACUUUACCGCAAGAGCCACCUCAAAAUCCUCCACUGAUCGCUUCAAACCCACACGAACCUUCUCUUCCUCUUCCUAUUUCUCUUACUCAUCUCCUACUCUCUUUUCUCUCUCCACUUGUCUGCAAACAAUUUGGUGGGGGGAUUUUGGUUGCAGGAGCACGAACAGGGCACGAACAGUAAAGCUGAAGGAGUGGAAGCCGCACAAGUUUGUAUGAUUGCUCAUGGACUUUACGAGCCUUGAAUCUCAAAGCUCAUUGUAGAGAAAAGGACUUUCAAGAGAUCUUUCUACUACAUUAGUCCAUACCAAGAAAAAGUAGCAAGGGUGCGCUUUUAGGGAAUGAGGGGAUGCAUCUUCUCAUUGUUUUGUACAGGGAUUUACCUUUCCACACAAAACCCCGACUUCUUGCUUCUCUCCACUCUCCACUCUCCACUCCCUCACUUUACUGUAAGAGCCACCACAAAAUCCUCCUCCGAUCGCUUCAAAUCCUCUCUUUUCCUCUGGUAAAACCAAAAAUUUCUGUGAAAAACCCAUCCCCCCUGUUGCUUCUCUCUACUCAGUCUCUAUCAGCACGAAACCCUCUCUGCCUCUUCUUCUUAUUUCCCUUACUCAUCUCCUGCUCUCUUCUCUCAAUAAUUGUUUGCAAACAAGCUGGUUGGGGAUUUUGGUUCCAGGUGCUCCAACACUAAAUACACGAACAGGGCACGAACAGUAAAGGAAAUGAGCGACAACGAGGGUGAAUUUUUUGAAUGUCAAUAUGAUUCCUCCUCUCUAGAAAGGGUGGUACCAUUUGGCCCUUCUGGUUUCUCAAAUCUACUGUUACUGAAGCCACAAGUGAUGAACGAAUUUCAAAACCUUCUGAACCAUACCAAGGCUGAAUUGGCAAAUAAGAAUGAUGAGCUUAAUGAAUUGCAAACUCUGCUGGACAAUACCAAGGCUGAAUUGGUGAAGAAGAAUGAUGAGCUUAAUGAAUUGCGAAGCCUUCUAGAUAGUACCAAGGUUGAAUUGGCAAAGAAGGAUGAUGAGAUGAAUAAAUUAAAGAAGCAAAAGAGUGAUCAGGGCUGGAAUCCUGAACAGUUCCGAGUGUCUAUUGUUGCAAUCACAAACUCAAUGAAGAAAGUGUUUGUUGAAUUUGGUCUUGAGCCACCGAAAAGUGGAGAUCCAAAGUCAGUGUUGAAGUUUCUUGAGAUGCUACAUGAUUUGAUCCUUAACAAAGAAUUCAAUUCCACUUUCUUAGUAGCCGCGAAUGGGAUACUGGCCUCUAUUGCAAGUAUAUUUGAAAAACGUAGUGGCUUAACCAUUGGCAUGGAAACAACGAUCAGUAAUCCAGCCCGUCUUAUUGACAGUCUAUUUACCUUAAGAGGCUUUAUUGAUUCCCACUUCUUUAUUGAUGCUAGUGUUAUAGUUGAGGAUUUCCAUCUGUUGAACAAGGACGACCUCCCAAUUAUAUUUUGGGAUUCUGCAGCAGAUGUGCCUGAGUUGAAGCAGAAGGAUAAAGGUGCAAAAUCAAUCGAUAACAUCGACAAAAACUUCCACUUCUAUGGGUAUUUCAACAUUCCAAUGGUGGGGAUGUUCAAGGGUGUUUUAACGAGAGUUCAUGUGAACUUGCCAGAUGAGGUCAUGGUGAAACUUCAGGUAGGCAAACAUACCCUUAAUGAUAAAAGGUUUUGGUUUGUCAAUGCUAACGGUGCAGGUAUAUUUCAAAAAGAGCUUUUGAGUCUUGAAGACAUCAAUUUCACCCCUUCUCGGGUCUUGGGUGACCGAACUGACUUCUUAGAGUUUUUGCCGAGGAUGAAUCGAACCUUCGUUAACGAGAAGGGUAAAUAUCUCAAGUUUGACUUUAUUGCCACCAAGAAUCCAAGACCGUUGGGUGACAAUGUGGUUCGCUAUUAUGAUAAGGAUUUUGUAAUGCAAAAUCCUUUUAAGUUGGUGCAAUUUGAUAAGAAUGAAAGUGUAAAAGAUAUCAUACAACGUGAAGUUUCAUUCCCUGCAUCAUUCUCAGGUAUGAGUCAGAAAUAUGCCACCUGGAUUGUAUAUGAAGCUCUGGGUAAUGAUUGUGCUUUCACGCUCCGAAAUAUCUGUUUAAUUGGGAAAAUAAUGAAAGCCUCUGAUACUUUUCGCAAGAAUGCUCUGGUUAGCAUCUUCUUCGAGCAAAACCAACAUGGGGAGAACUGUUAUGUAGAUGCUCUAGCAACAACUUUCUUUGUUUUUGAAACGGAGAAAACAUAUUGGUGGGACAAUGUUGAAAAAAAGCCUCCAAAAUUUGUUUAAUAGGGCUUGUAGUCAUGCACUUUAUUUUGUGUUUUAUUUUAUUUCAGUUUGUUUAAAAUUAGAGAAAAGAGAUAGGUGCGAAAAUGGUAGCUUCUGUUGAUCCUUUUUUAACCAAUCCGGUUAUGACGAUGUUGUAUCCACACAACAUCAUUGACCAAUUAUUGUAAGGUAGGGUGUUUUCUAUAAUUUCA